AUGGCUCGAGCGCUCGUGAUAACUGCGUUAGCAGCAUCGAUCCAACUUGCGCAUUCUCAAUGUACUCCAGUAGAUGCGAAUAAGUCCUAUGAUUACAUCGUAAUUGGAUCUGGUGCUGGAGGCAUCCCAAUCGCCGACAAGCUAAGUGAGGCCGGGAAAUCAGUUCUUCUGGUCGAGAAGGGCCCAUUGUCCAGCGGAAUAUGGAACGGUACGAUGAAGCCGUCAUGGCUUGAGGGCACCAACCUGACCCGUUUUGACGUUCCCGGCUUGUUCAAUCAAAUCUGGGCAGACCCUACUGGCGUCAAUUGCCCAGAUCUUGACGUGAUGGCGGGCUGUGUUUUGGGCGGUGGCACGGCGGUGAACUCUGCGCUCUAUUGGAAGCCUCAUCCAAGGGAUUUUGAUCUAAGUUUCCCUGAUGGCUGGAAGAACUCAGAUAUGCAAAAGCACGUUGAUACCGUUUUCAAGCGGAUUCCUGGAACAACAACUCCCUCGAAGGACGGAAAGCUGUACUUGCAGCAAGGAUUUGAUGCAGUCGGCAAAGGCUUGGUUGCAGGAGGGUUCAAGGAAAUCAUCCCGAACGAUCACCCAGAUCAAAAGAACAACACUUUCGGACACAGCACGUUCUUCAUUGAGAAUGGAGAGCGUCAUGGCCCACUGAGGACAUACCUAGCCACGGCAAUGGAACGCGCAAACUUCAACUUGCUCGUCAAUACCAACGCAAGAAGGCUCGUGCGAACUGGAGGACAUGUUACAGGCGUUGAAUUGGAAUGCGCACAGGGACAGGGACGUUCUGGCAUCGUCAAAGUAACACCAGGCACUGGUCGAGUUAUUGUGUCAGCCGGCACCAUGGGUUCUGCCAAACUUCUCUUCCGCAGUGGCAUUGGCCCCAAGGAUCAGCUUGACGUCGUAAAAGGCUCAGCGCUUGAUGGAUCCACUAUGAUUGCCUCCGAUCAGUGGAUCAACCUUCCGGUCGGACAGAACUUGAACGAUCAUGUCGGUACUGACAUUCAGAUUUCGCACCCAAGUAUCGUCUUCUAUGACUUUUAUGGCGCCUGGAACAACCCAGUCAAAGCGGAUGCGGAUAAAUACUUAAAGGAACGAAGUGGAAUCUUAGCUCAAGUAGCACCUAAUCUUGGCCCAAUUGCAUGGAAUCAAUUCCAAGGCCCUGACGGAAUCGUUCGACAUAUACAAUGGCAGGCUAGAAUUGAAGGUCGAACUCCUACAUCAAUGACGAUCACUCAGUAUCUCGGCACGGGAACUGUUUCGCGUGGUAGAAUGACCAUUCUAGGCAAUCUCAACACGCGCGUCUCCACCGUUCCCUACCUUCGCGAUGCCAAUGAUAAAGCAGUCGUCAUUCAGGGCAUUGAUUAUAUUCGCGGGAUCUUGAGCAAGGUUCCCGAUUUGACCUGGGUUGUACCAGCGGCCAACCAGAACACCACCGCGUUUGUUAACAGCGUUCCCGCUACUGUAGGAUCUCGAGGCUCCAAUCAUUGGGUAGGAUCCUGCACCAUCGGUACAGAUGACGGCCGCACUGGCGGGAAGUCUGUUGUUGAUCUCGAUACCAAAGUUUAUGGGACAGACAAUCUGUUUGUAGUUGAUGCAUCCAUCUUCCCGGGAAUGAUGACGGGAAAUCCAACAGCCAUGAUCAUAGCUGUUGCGGAGCGUGCUGCGGAGAAGAUUCUUGCCCUCAAAGCCCCAGCAUCUAGGUCACGUAUCAUGAGAGAUUGA